AAAGUUGCGGCGCCGCGAGCCCAGCGAAGUCCUCCAGCCCGCCCCCCUUGCCCACUCCCCGCUUCCCGAGCUGGCUCGGUGUUUAGGGAGGGCAGUGAUCACGCAAGCUGGAGCAGCGGGCUGACGUUGGACGAGCUGCCAGGUAGCUGAAAGCAGCCAGCCAGCAGCGGAGACACUUCCCAGCGUUUGAAGCCUGGGUCUGCACUAGAAGCCUCAGGAAUCCUAGCCAGCUGGUUUUAACCUUCGCGAAUUGCAUUCCCCUCUCCCCUAAAGCCAGUCUUCACCCGCGGAGCGAGCAGCAGGAUAGGAUGUUUGCAGUGUCGCGCCCAGGGCUCUGAAACAGAGCCUUCUGAUACACUUGCAUUCUCUUCUUUUAGGGCUUUUUUUGCUGUUGGCUACACUGAUGUGACCCCCCCACUUUGGAAUGAUGGGGAUCUUUUUGGCAUAUGUUGGAAUUGUUUUCUUUUCCGUUUUAUAUGUACAACAAGGGCUUUCUUCUCAAGCAAAAUUUACCGAGUUUCCUCGGAAUGUGACAGCCACAGAGGGACAGAAUGUGGAGAUGUCCUGCGCUUUUCAGAGCGGCUCCGCCUCGGUGUACCUGGAGAUCCAGUGGUGGUUCCUGCGGGGGCCCGAGGACCUGGAGCCUGGGUCCGAGGUGGCUGGAGCGCAGGUGGAGCUCUUACCAGACAGAGAGCCGGACAACGACGGGACCAAGAUCAGUACAGUGAAAGUUCAAGGCAAUGACAUCUCCCACAAGCUUCAGAUUUCCAAAGUGAGGAAAAAGGACGAAGGUUUAUAUGAGUGCAGGGUGACUGAUGCCAAUUAUGGGGAGCUCCAAGAACACAAGGCCCAGGCCUACCUGAAAGUCAAUGCCAACAGUCAUGCUCGGAGGAUGCAGGCCUUCGAAGCCUCACCUAUGUGGCUGCAAGAUAUGAAGCCCCGAAAGAACAUCUCAGCUGCAGUUCCCAGCAGCAUCCACAACUCAGCCAACCAACGGACGCACUCCACCUCCAGUCCUCAAGCGGUAGCCAAAAUUCCUAAACAAAGUCCACAAUCAGGUGCGAGGAUAGCUACAAGCCAUGGACUUUCUGUCCUGCUUCUUGUUUGUGGCUUUGUGAAGGGUGCUUUGCUUUAAUCUAAAGUGCUGACUUUUUUCCAAUAUCACUUUCUCUUCUUAAAGCAAAGAGCAAAUCGCCUGUAAAAUCUACGGAGCGGACAGCAAAGUUGACCCUAAACUCCAAGCAUCAUUCCGCACCCUCUGUACUCUAAUUACCUACACAAGGAGCGCCUGCUUCCGGAACCAUAAAUGAAGAGGCUAUCACAUGCUUUGUUGAUAAUAUUUUCUUUGGCAAAUCACACCUGAUCUUUUCUUUCAAGACAAUUAGUGUGAAGUGAUAGAACAUUUUCUAAUAGCAAGAUCUAUUUUUUUUCCUUUUCUUUCCGCAAAAAACAAAAAAUUAAAAAAAAAAAAUUCAUCAUCUCACAGACUGCUCAGGGGUUGGCCUGAAAGUUAUCGGUAUAGUAAAUAUUUACUAUGGAUACCACUGAUUUCCUACUAAAGGACCCACUAUCUGCAGGAAGUAAACAGAGAUCAAAAUUCAACAGAACACAAACUAUCACCAAACAAAAAAACCCUUUUGUGGGCAAAAUUAUCAACAUUUACAGUCAACAAGGAGAACAUUAUUUUAAACAAGGAAUAAUCAAAGAAAUUUUUUUUAAAACUUCUUUUUUUCUUGGAUUAUUUUUUUUCUUCUUUUUCUUGUUCAAUGGUGGCAAGUGCUGAUAAUGGCCAAUCCCUCAAUCCUGGGAGGUUUAUAUAAAUACAUUUUCAGUGUUCUAUAUUUCAAUUCAUUUUGCAAUUACUGUAUAUGCAAACUCAACAAAUUCUGUAAAUUGCUUAUAGUACGUGUGAUAUAACUUCAAAGUAGAUAUACUACAACCUUCAUGCAAGCUGAUUUUUAUCAUGCUAUAUAAAAUAUAUACAUAUGAAUGUCUAUAUGUUGAGCCACCAACCAACUUCUUUUAAUAGUGUUUGUUUUUCAUUUAUAAUUCAUAUAUUGUAUAAAUUUGCAGUGCAUUGUUUCACUUCCACAGGUUUGACAGCUGCAGAUGGUCUCUGUUGUCCUCUGCUUCCCUCUGGAAAAAAAAUGCAUAUUCAAAAUUGUAUCUGUCUCUGAUAAAUGAGCUUUGUUGUGUGUAUGCUAUGUUGGAAUUUACUAUGUUGAACAUCCCUUUAAAUACGGUGUUUAUUGAGGUUUGAGGGUCUCUUGACUCUGAAGAAUGCACACUCUGGUUUUGACAUCUACUCCUCUGUCAUCAUUAUUCUAUCAUCAGAAAGGAAUGUUGUUUCUAGAAAUUCUGCCUUGGAGGCCAGCAUGGGGAAAGUGAAGCAGACCCCUUCCUUUUCUACUUUCUUGGGAGAGCACGUCUUGGUAUGGCUAAAGGAUGCUGUUUCCCUUGAACUUCAUGAAUUUUUGUAGCUUUGUCAUUCUGUUAUUUGCUGCUAAUUAUAUUUAAAUGUCUCCUACUUAAAAAUUAAAAUUUAGUUGCUGGCUAAAUAUAAUAUGCAAAUGAUGACUGCAAAUCCCUGACUAAAGAAGAUAAGUGUUCAGUUUUCACGGGUUAAGUGAGUUAUAAUUUUAAAUAUUCCAUUCUUAUUUUUGAUUUUAUAAUAACUAGACUAUUUUACUUGGAACCUUUUUUUACUCUUGCAAAGAAAGAUAGAACUCUUAAUGUGCUCCACAUACACUGUGGAAUCGAUAUGGCUUGAGAAAGAAAUGACCUAAGUUUUCCUUCCAGAGAGAUUCUUCUAUUUUCUUUCAUUACAAAACCAGAAGAUCAUCUGUGUGGGGACUAUGUACUCCCAGUCUAAGAUCCUAAGUGGAAGCCUGAAGACAAUGAAUAGUUCACUUUUCAAAGGUAAAUGCAUUGACUCUGCCAUUUAGUUUUAAGCAAGGUGCAUAUUUUCAUAGUAUUCUAGACCUUAUCUUCUGAGAAAUAAUGUUUUAUUCUUUUCUUGCCAUUCUUCUUGUUCAUUUGGUUUAUUAUUUCAGUCAAAUGGGAAAAAUAAAGGUUUUGAUUGCCCUAUUUUAUUAACUUAGAAAUGUAUUUUAUUUCAAAGUUUAAUAUUUUAAAAUGCAUAAAAUAAUGGUAAGAUAAAUAUCAUCUGUUACAUUUAUAUGAAGUUUAAGGAUUACAUACAAUAAAGUGUAAGUUAGUAUACAGAUUCAGAUUUAGUCAAGCUGGGAAAAUCCACCAUGUAAUAUAUUUUUUCUCAAAGUACAGGUAAUGAGAUUAGUAAAUUCUAAAGCAAGACAGACUUGCACCUGUAACAAUGUUCACCAUGCCCAUAAUAAAGGGCAUAUGCUAGUUUUGGGAGAACACUCAUGAGAUUCAUUUUAUCAGUGUUCAAAAUAAUGAAAACUUACUUGUCACUGGGCUAGCAAUAGUCCAACUCACUGGCCAUUUUGAGAAAGAACAUGGUUUAUUAUCUGUUUGAUCCAAACUGAGACAAUUAUUGUGGAACCUUAAAUAGUAGGACAAAAGCUAUAACACAUUGCAGAGACCUUCUAGUGGUUUUCAUCUUUAUCCCUUUGGGGCUAUAACUUUGUGUGUAUCCAUAACUGUGGAAAUGAAUAAAGAUUGAAUAAUAAGUUAUCUAGCCUUCUCAACCUUGUUUUCAAGGUUAUGUGGUGUCUUUGAUAAGACAGAUUCAUAGAAAGCUGGAAUCAUUUACUUGAAUUCAAGUCAGAUCCUUUGUUCUUUCUUAAAAAUUUACAGACUGAUUACAAAUUAUGAAAAUGAAAACACUUAAGGAUAAGAUAACAAUCUUCUCUAAAGCAGAUGCUCUUACUUUGGAUUAGUUAAUAAACUUGGUAGAGUCUAUGAAUCUACCAAAAUUAUAGUCACUAAUCACACACACACACACUUACACAAUAUGGUAUAAUAUAUACAUGAUGUUUACUUUCUAUUAGGCAUAAUGAGUAGUCUAAAGAUGAUUUAGAGUAUGUAUAAAGGAGGAUAUGUAUAUAUUAUAUGUAAAUACUAUGUCAUUUUACAUGAAAGAAUUGAGCAUCCGCAGAUUUGGGUAUCCCAGGGAGUUCAUGGAAUUGACCCCCUCCCUGAAGAUGCUAGGGAUGGCUAUAUAUGUAUAUUUUUGCAUAUGUGUAUUGUUUUAUGGAGGUGGUCCUUCACAUUCAUUGAUUCUGAAAGUGAUUUAGUUACGAUUUGCUCACCUAAAACUUAGUAAUUAGAUGAUUUUGAGAACAGAAGGGGGCCUGGUUACAAUAUGUUUGAAUUGGUUUGCCUUAAAGCUCUUGGAAGCAAGACAUGUUCAGGGAAAUAUAUUAGGACACACACACACACACACACACACACACACAUUUGGCAAAGAAAACAUAUAUUUUUAAGUCCAGAAAAAAAAUCCUUUAGAUUUGUUACAGAUGGAGUAAGAGAUAUGGGGUGAUAUUUGUCGAAUUUUUGUAACAGAUGCUAAUGUAAUUUUGCAAAGGUUUCACAGAUACUAUUCAAAUAAGUGGUCCUAGUAUUGACCCUGUAUUUAAAAAAUAUAAAAUAUUAAAUAUAGCUGUUUUAGUUUGUGUAAAGAAAUAAUAUUGCAGAAGAUAAAUGUAAUCUCUCUGAGAUAAUAUGCAAACUCUGAUAAUUAUAUAUUAGAAAUAAGACUAUAAAGCUAUAAAAUAUAUAUGCACAUAAUUUCAAGUGUUUUGCCCCAAUAAUUUUAUUUUUAGACCUAUUCAUAUUUAAGGGGAUACUUAGUCAUUCAGGAAGUAUGAAGACUUAAGGGCUUCAAUCAUUAAAUAUAUAACGUCCUUUCCUAUAUCUAAGGAGUGUCAGACAGAUAACAUUCAAAAGCAAGAAAUUCUAACACCUGAGGAUGGUGCAAAGGGGUGUGACCAGAAGGUCAGAGGAGGCUUCUCUGUAGAGGUGGCAUUUAAACAUACUUUAAAUAUGAAUCCAGUCCAGAGAGAAUCUGGAAGAAGGAGUUUCAGGGAAAGAGAGCAGCUUGUGCAAAACUCCUUGAAGCAAAGUCCACCCAGGCUUGUUCAGGGACUGCAUUGAGGACAAGAGCACACAAGUGGAGGAUAAGAUUGGGCAAGAAAACACCAGGCAAUACUGAGCCAAGGAGAGCAAACAGGGUCCUGGAAGAGUUUGUGAACUUCCAGUGUGAACUCCUAUUCUGAAAUCAGGGUCACUGCCUCUUUCUGGAGUCUGACCUCUCAUGAAGUUCAACUUGUUUAACCAGACUCUUUUGCAAACAGCACUGAGUCUUUCAGAUAGGUCAUACUGUUGAAUUGAUACUGCAUGGAUACAGGAGGCAUGAGAGACUCACUCAACAUCUUAAUGCUAAUUUACAAUUGAUAAUUUUGAGGAGCAAAGGAAGAAAUUGAACGGAUAGAUGAAUAAUUUGAGUGUGUAAUUGCAAUAAUUGAAAAUGUAAUUUGAAAUAAAAGCAUGAGUACAGUA